CAACUUUUUACACGGCGCAGUUCACAUUGAAGACUACCAGACCUCCGCCAACAUGUUACUUCCUACUGCACAAUUGUGGACCUGAGCGAUCCUUCGACCAAAUGCGUCUCGAUCAGCAGUCGCAGCCAUGCUCAAUCUCUACACCGAGACCGCUUUCGAGGUGACGCCUGCGACCCGAGCUUCCACCAUAGACCUCCAAAUCCCUGGAAAGAAGGGCUUCUACGACAAGUCCAAAUCCUCAUCCAACCGUCUGGCCAACACGAAGGCCUUCACGAAAGACGAGCAGUCCUUUUCCGCGCACCAUCUUGCCUCUCAAAGCUCGAUUUACUUCCGGCAAUCCAAGUCUUACCCGAGAACCUUCCAUUGGAGUGUUGUCAACAAUGGCAGAACUCUCCAAAUCCAGUGCGCGGAUUUGGCGCGGAGUGAAGGCGACCUGAAAGAAGCAUAUUACACGUUGAAGUGCAACUUCCAAGACGAGAUUCGCCCUCGGGGCGUCACAUUUGCGGAUCUCGAGACUGGCGACGAUAUCCAUGCCUUCAUCUGCACAAACAAGAAUGAAUUGUUCAAUCUCCGACUGCCCACCAGUGCCUUUCGCGACCCAGCCGUUCUGCGAGCGGAAGACAUUAAUCAGUGGUGCAAGCCACUUGACUGUUCUUCCCUAGACCUCAACACUGUCCACCACGUUUGGGCCAAUAGUCCUCUCGAAGUCUUCCUAUCCUUCACAAGCGGUAGAGUCCAGAGAUCUACGAGGCGGUCGAUAGAUGGGCACUGGAAACAUGACAUCUACGAUGACAAGAGCUGGGGUGCGUCAAUACGCGGUAUUGUCAGCCGUCGGGGUCUCCAAACAAUUGAAUACGGUUCGACGUCACUGGAUCCAAGAACAGCUCACGCCAUGGUGACCUCUCCCGACGGCAAAUUUUUGUUCACUGUAUGUCUGAACCACAGUUUAAGAGUCUGGAAUCUGUUGGACGGCAGAGUUGUUGCGACAAGAGACUUGCUCGAUGCAGUCCGAGACCCAAAUGACCGGACGCACCUCAAUCCAGCCGAGGACGCAUCCAUUCAGAUUUUUAAGCUACCCCUUCAGCGAUAUCCCGUGGUGUUGACAUACACUCCUCAAGACGGUGGUCAGUUCAAGUUCUGGGACCUCAAGGGUGGUUCAACGGAAGCACUUGUUGUCGAGGACAAGUAUCCUGGCCAGCGAUUAAGUGCUCCCGAUCCAGACCCCUCAGGAAAUACCAUUUGGACAAUGAUCGGCUUCAAGUUGGAUCCUGGCACAGACUACAAACCUGCUCAAUUAUGGGUGUUGUGGCGAAAUCACAAUUACCAUCAACUCUACCACUGCAGUUUCGAGUUUGCAAGCCUCGUCAAAUCGUGGAAGACGAACUGGGUCAAAUGCGCAGCAACUUCCUCCUCGAAGAAUCUGGCACCUGACCUAGUCAGAUCCGACUCCGAGGAUCCUGCAUCCAAAUGGUUGGAUUACCUGUUUUACCCAGGGAGAUACACUGAAGCAGGUCUUGAGACCGCGCUGUCCGUGUUCGAAGAGGCAACAGCCGUGAAGUUAGGUGUCUCGCAGAGAGCAGGCUCAUUACGACAACGAAUGUGCCACAUUGUCGCGGCAACAAUAUCUCUACGAAAAUAUGGAGACUCCGAUCUGGACUUUGAGCGUUUCAUUGCGGACACAGACUCGCAAUGGCGCAAUUUGUAUCGCAUUGCGGAAAACAUCAACGAGAGCCGGAAUGCUCCUUUAGCAUUGGCUUACGACGCAUUCAGCGAUAUGGCGUGGAUUACAAUGACGGGCAAAUGUUGUGCUGUGAGAGAAUGCAGCAAAAUCGAACUGCUCCAGCAGAAUGAACUCGAGGACAUUCCAGACCUGGAAGAAGUUGCUGGGCAAACCUGGCUUCAUCGUAAAGUCAAUGCUGAUGAUGGAGAGCCGUUUACGAAUCUCGCGACCUUGAUUUCUGCUGCCUCGACUUUCAGGCAAUCAUUCACUGCCGACCUGGCCAAUGACUUGGCGGUCGCUAUCGAGGAAGAUAUGUCUAUUGGCGACGAGUUGGUCACUCCUACUAGAAUAUUCGAGAUCUACGACACCACCGGCUUCAGCGAAGCGAUCUCGAACGAGGUCUUCGAACGACUUGAAGCGGACCUUGACCCGGUGGGAGGAAUGCCUUCUUUGAACAACGAACUCUUUUUAGGUAUUCUCGAGCUGCUGGCCGCCAAAACCAAAAAGACAAAGAGCGCAUUGAGGAAUACACUGUUUGCAAACCUCUUGUUCUCGACAGGAAUGCUCGACUAUAUGUCAUGCCAACGUCAAUUGCUUAUGGAUCUCCUCGUAUUGGCCAUCUUUGUCGAGGGUGAGCUGAAUCAAGAAGAGGUCAAAAUGACUUCGUUUGAUGCGCCAGAAUUGUAUCACCAAAUCAUUCCCUUACUCAAAUUAUGCAACCGCAAUUUAUGGCUGGCAACGCGCUUUCGACACGUUCCCCUGGAAAUACUUGGUGCAGACGGACAGCCCAAUGCGGCUCGUCGACCAUCCACGUCUGGCUCGGAGCACGAAAGACUGGUCAGCAUUCUCGAGGAUACGCUGAGCAAAGCAGUCCGACCGCAGCCGGCCGUCGAAAAGCCCCUCCUCUACUUGAUCACGGAGCAGCUUGCCGAGAUUGAUGAUUGGGCAUCCGGCAAAGACACGAUCGAGAACGACGAUGGCGCUGUGUACCUUCUGUGCGAUCUGCUGAAACAGGGCCAAUUUGACCUAGCAACUGACUUUUUGAAGUUUCAACCCUCAACCCCCUGGUCGAGUUAUGUCAAGGGACGUCUGGCGCUUGUGAAAGGAGAGCACCAGAUGGCAACAAUGUAUUUCAAGAAGGCUUCGUACGGACUUGCAUGCGGCAAAGCAGUUGGAAAUCUCGUGGCUCUUUCGGCAGGAUUACUGUCGAUGAUCGAGGCCGAAUAUUUCAAUAGUGGACUGCCACUAUAUUUGCAUCACAUCUCAACUCUGUUCGAAUCAGCUCAUGCUUACAACGAGUCUGCAAGAUUUGCUCACUUGACCCUGCAAGCAUUGCAAUCGGACCAGAAAGAGCCUUUGCCAAAUUUCAGGACCGAAGUCCUGUCUCGACUCUUCAACGCAGAACUGAAGUCGUCACGAUUCAAUCUUGCAUACGACACUUUGGUACAGCUGCCCGAUUCAGCGUUACAGAGAUCUUCUGUUACAUCACUCGUCAAUGCCAUACUAAAUCCUCAGUCAUCAAACUGUGACGGCAAAAGCGCACUGAAGACUUUGCAGUCUUUGCCAUGGGCCAUGUAUCCGCACCUUGCUCGUCACCUGGAUCAGCAUCUGGUGUCGUUGGCGAAGAAGCAGACCUCAGCCAGCAUGACCUCCUCGGGUUGGCUUGCUGCUGAUGGCGGCUUCGAUUAUCUCGGAAUCAUGUAUGCGAUGCGUGUCGCCCAGAAAAAUUAUCGUGGUGCGGUGACGGUCUUGUACGAUCGUCUGAGACUGGUACGUCGAUCCGGGGGAGCAAGAUACGACCCUCAGGCGACUGCUUUGCGUCAUGUGCUCCUCUCCUUGAUCAACAUGAUGGCUUGCGUGGCCCCGGAAGAAGCGUAUAUCUUGGCCGAUGCAGAAACGGACAAUAAGGGGCUGUCGAAUCAGCAGAAUGGAGACAAUGCAGAAGAAGACGGCGUCGGCUCGAAGAAGAGACGGCGCAUCAUCAUCACCCUGGAAGAUUUGCGAAAGGAGUAUCAACAGAUCUUAGACAAGUGCAGCAGAAUUGAACGCGGAGAUUUCGAUUUUGAAGUCGACGGAGAGACUGACGAUGAUGGGGAGGGACUGGCCGAUCGUUCUCGGCUGAAUCUAUCUUCGCAUACUGGAGACGCUAUGGAACUUUGAGGGAUCAAAGACCUCGUCGCUUGACUGCGCUAGGUGACUGAUGACUCGAAGUGCAACAAAAGGCAUGGAUUGUACGAUAGCUUGUCUUGCUCAAACUAGCGAAGGAGUUUUCGGCCGGCGAAAAGCUGCUCGGAGGAAGCAACGUUACAUCAGUACAUCAAUCACAUCAAAUUGAAAGUGCAAAUACUCGGUAGUGCAGUCG